AGGAAGGUUCGUUAAGAUCUCCUUGUCUCGGUCUUCCUAUCGAUUCCAGCCUUUCCUACUUGUUGUUAGGGUUUCGUUUCCUUUUCUUUGAUUUGGUAGAUCUCGUCUCCGAAUUCUUCUUCGCCGGCCACGAUGUUCCUUGUCGAUUGGUUCUACGGCGUCCUUGCCUCCCUCGGACUCUGGCAAAAGGAAGCUAAGAUCCUCUUCUUGGGUUUGGACAACGCCGGGAAGACCACGCUACUUCACAUGCUCAAGGAUGAGAGGUUGGUUCAGCACCAGCCGACGCAAUAUCCGACAUCGGAGGAGCUUAGCAUCGGGAAGAUCAAGUUCAAAGCUUUUGACUUGGGCGGUCAUCAGAUCGCCCGGCGUGUCUGGAAGGAUUACUACGCUAAGGUAGAUGCAGUGGUAUACCUGGUGGAUGCAUAUGAUAAGGAGAGGCUUGCAGAGUCGAAGAAGGAACUGGAUGCACUUCUUUCCGACGAAGCCUUGGCAAAUGUUCCAUUUCUCAUUCUGGGAAACAAGAUCGACAUUCCAUAUGCAGCAUCAGAGGAUGAGUUACGCUACCAUUUAGGCCUGAACAAUUUCACAACCGGCAAGGGCAAGGUGAACCUUGCCGACUCCAACGUCCGGCCCCUCGAAAUCUUCAUGUGCAGCAUCGUCCGUAAGAUGGGCUACGGCGAAGGAUUCAAGUGGGUUUCACAAUACAUAAAGUAGGACUCUGAAUUCAAAACUCGAUUGCCUUGCCAGCUUAUGCUCCAAUUAAACUUUUUCUGGGUUUCUUUGUUGUAAUGGGUGCAGACUCAUUAAGGAAGACGGGAUGAGUAUUAUAGCAAAAGAGUUAUGAAUGGUGAUUAUUGACUCUUAAAUUCUUAUUCUGGAUUUUAGUGGAAAUUGUGUACGUUAUCGAUCCAAAAAAAUUUAAUUUUCUUUCCA